AAGGACAGGCUCUGACAGCGGGACACGCGAACCCGGGGCUCUUCGGAUUGGUGUGCGGUCAGGGUGUCCCGCGCUGAGCGGAGCUGCGGCGGAUACAUCAGCCAGGUCAACCCGCACGGAGCCCCGCACCUCCCGCAGCCUGAAAUGGAGCAGAUUGGACGCCUGGCCCCGCUUCAUGUCUGAGAGCAAACAAAAUGAGGCCUAACUGAGCGCUUGCAGCAGUAUUGGACAAAUCUCUGUUUCCCACAGCAGAGAUUCUGCAAGCCACCUCAAGACGUGACACAGCUACAAACCCCACUCCAAACUUCAUGUGACUUGAGCUUACUAAGGUGGAGAUGGUGAACUGACAGCUGAAGACCAGCAGGCAACAAAAAGCCACCAAUCAGACCCAUCUUCGGCAGACAUGUCAGGGCUCAAACGUCACCGCGAUGGAAAGAUUGCUGGACUGUAUGAUCUUGACAAGACGCUGGGUCGGGGUCACUUUGCCGUGGUCAAGCUGGCUCGUCAUGUAUUCACUGGGGAAAAGGUUGCUGUAAAGGUGAUAGACAAGACUAAGCUGGACCCAGUGGCGAGGAGUCACCUUUUCCAGGAGGUACGAUGCAUGAAAAUGGUGCAGCACCCCAACGUGGUGCGCCUUUACGAGGUCAUCGACACAGCCACCAAACUCUACCUCAUCCUGGAGCUGGGCGACGGAGGAGACAUGUACGACUGCAUCAUGAAGCACGAUGGAGGCCUCAGUGAAGAGGUGGCCAAGUGUUAUUUUGCCCAAAUCGUCCACGCCAUUUCCUACUGCCACCGGCUCCAUGUGGUGCACAGGGACCUGAAGCCUGAAAACGUGGUUUUCUUUGAGAAGCAGGGCGUCGUCAAGCUCACCGAUUUUGGCUUUAGCAACCGCUUUCAGCCCGGGAAAAAACUGAAUACCUCCUGUGGCUCCCUGGCUUACUCAGCUCCCGAAAUACUGCUGGGGGACGAGUAUGAUGCUCCUGCUGUGGAUAUCUGGAGUCUUGGGGUGAUCCUGUUCAUGCUGGUCUGCGGUCAGCCCCCCUUUCAGGAGGCCAACGACAGCGAGACCCUCACUAUGAUCAUGGACUGUAGAUACACGGUGCCUGCGCACAUCUCCCAUGCAUGCAGAGACCUUAUAGGUCACAUGCUGCAGAGAGACCCGAAGCAACGAGCAACGCUAGAGCAGAUCGAGAGCCACCAGUGGCUCCAAGGUAUCGACCCCUCCCCAGCCACCAAGCUGUCCACCCCUCUGGUGUCUCAUCGCAGCUUAUCUGAGGAGGAGCACAGUUCUAUCAUCCAACGCAUGGUGCUGGGAGGCAUCGCAGACAGAGACGCCAUAACUGAGGCUCUGGAGUCAAACCAUUACAACCACAUCACAGCCACCUACUUCCUGCUGGCAGAGAGGAUGCUGAGGGAGAGACAAGAGAAGGAGCAGCACAACCAGACGCGAUCGCCCAGUCCCAGCAAAGCCCAGUUCAGGCAAUCUUGGCCCACCAGGGUAGAUGUUCACCAGGAUGUCAGUGAUGGGUUAGGAGGUCCCACUAUAUCCCAUCCUGGCGGACCACAGUCCCCUGCCCGUAGUGCUGAAAGCCUCCACAAAGGUCCCAGACCCAAAACAGCUCUGCUAGACCUCAACCAGCGGCAGGAGAGCAACACUCCGGCUUUCAGCCAACAGCAGCCCGUAAGACAAGACCAGGAGAGGGCUCUGAGGCCUCUGGCAAAGCCACACUCCCACCCACUCAGGCUUGGCUCCUUGGCAUCAGUGGGGCCUUGCAAACCACGGAGCCCGAGUCUUUUUAGUGUGGAAGAGGAUGAGGAAGAAGAAGGAGCAGAAGAUAAGUGUUUGCCUCCUUCUACGCUGCCUUCUCAAGUCGUGCUUCGCUGCAAGGCCUCCUGCUCCUCGUCGACAUCUAGUAAUCGCAUGACGUCUCGUAUGAGCGCCCCGAUUCUUAACCAGAUCCACGAGGAAGACCAAGAAGACGAGGAAGAGGAGGAUAGACGAGACUUACAUGGACUUUGCCCACCAAAACCCAGUCUUAGCCUCAAUUUGAACUCCAGAAUACCUUCAUCUUCAACACUAAUGUUGUCCCCUAAGACUAGCAGUGCGACAGCACUGGACACCACGUUCACCCCCAGUUCAGAGACUAGUGAUGAUCUGAGAGAACAUCCCCUUAGACCAGACCCACUAACUGUAGGAGAACGAGAGGACGAUAGAGCAGAGAGGACGGAGGACAGGGAGAUACGGGGGACAGAGCAAGACAGUCCCUCUAACUGUGCCAGUCCAGGAUCAGGGUCAGGUCAAGGUAAGGGCACAGCCAAAGCAUCCAGUGGCCUAGUGGAAAGCCUAAAACUGAUGAGUCUGUGUCUGAGCUCUCAGUUCCACACCCUAACUGGAGGAGGAGGUGGUGGAGGUGCUGGUGGUGGCAGCAAUGUCGGGGUAGACCCUCAGGACCGUCCUGUGUGGAGGAUGUGCAUGGGCGGCUCCACUGGUAGUUUGGACAAAGUGUCUCUCCUCGGUGGCCCCUCACCAAGAGGCAACCUUUACCACCAGCCCCCUCUGGGAGACGUACUGGGAGAUCCGCUGCUGGAGGGUCCCUGCUCAGGAUCCUUGAGGCUGGGAGAACUGGACCUGGCUAGGGAGAACCACAGGAACAUGAAGAACCAUGCGUUGCAGAUGCCUCUAAACGAGAAGACUCUAUCUGUCAACAUCCAUCGAAGCCCCAAAGAGGGUUUGCUCUGCACCCCCACCCCCCACAGCUGCUGCCAGGUCAUAUAGACCCACAGCCGCAGGAUGCUCACUCCACCUCAUAUUUGCACACACACCAUCAUUCCCUUACUUUGUUUCUGUUUUCCCAGCGAACGUCAUAAAUUUGCAGUUUUUGUAUCGUUUGGGUGUUUAGUUUUAACACGGGGAGAAAAUCCUGAUGCCAAACUUGCACAUUUAGACACCAAGGAUGGGAUGAGGUGUACAUAUGUGAAGCACUUUCAAAAAAAUAAUUAAACAAAACACUAAAGGGACUUUAGACUUUCAGGUGUGUUUAAAUGUGGCUAAAAAGGACAUCAGGUUCCCGAGGUGCUCACCAUCUGCACACAUCUGCUGGGACUGCACCAAGUUCACGCCUCACUUUACUCCAAUGAGCUGAGAAAAGGAACGUUUUAGUAUCUUGUUACAUAUCAUACGUUCUGUUCUACUCUGAUGUUUUUAUUAUCAUAUUUUUUUAAUUAUUUUUGAGACAAUCGUUUUAGAUUUUUUAAAUUCUAUUAAAUAUUUAAGUCAAAUGCAGCUGAGGUUGAACAUUUGCAUCCACUCAUUUUGGACAAGAACAUUAUAUUUAAAUUGGGGCUUUUAAUGACGUAUUUAAGUAAUUUUCCAGAGCAAAUUCAUUUUAGGACAUGUGACUUUAAAGAUUUGGGAAACAAGAAUUUACUGCAAAAGUUUGUUUUAAUAUGGUUUCUUUUCUAAUCUACACAGGGUCAAAAUUAUAAACGGGGACACAAAAUACCCAUCAAAUAUUUGGUAAAAUGUUUUUUUUUAGCUAGUUGCUCCCAAACCACAAACUUGAUGAAGCCACCCACAAGCUUCUGGAGUACCAGUACUUACGGCUGAUAUUUGACCCUUUUUUCUUUUUUCAGAACUGUUAAAUUUAAAUAAAAAUGUUUCCAACAUGGAUCCAGUUUCCAGUCCCAACGCUCAGCAGGGUUGAGGUUGGCUCUACGGGAACGCCAUGCACCUAACGUCAGCCUGCUUUAUCCAAUCAGAAACCAAUGCGUUUGUGUAACCCACCAUUACUUCAGGUAGCAAAACUUCCCCACAGCAUGAUGCAACCACCGCUGUGCUUCACAGUUGGUACAGUGAUGUUUGAAAGCCUCGUCUGAACUCCUCCAAGCGUACUUCUUGUCACUGUCGGUCCAUGUAGACCUGUCUUCUCUGUGGACAGGGACCAACAGUUUUCACUUCACGGCCUGCUUGAUUCUUGGUGGUUCCUGGGUUGUUACUAAACAUCCAAACCAAAUUUCUUUCCCUUGAGAAGAGCAUUUAGGGUCUUCUUCUAGACCUUGCCAAAUUUGUGAGCAGGUUCGAAGUACAAGCUAUUAACAAAAAAGGUUAA